GGUACGGGGGAUCGUUGAGUAGGGGAGGGACAGUGGGAUUGCGGGUGAUUGCGGAGGCUAGUGGAGGGUGUACCGGGUGGGUCGGCACGGCACACGUACAUCGUGUCUCGGUGGCAGCGGAUGUCGCGGGUCGAGCUGUGCCCGUGGACACUGCGCUGCCCUUACCCAGCCGUCGCUCCGUUGCAGGCCCGUUUCCAACAGCGACAGCUCCAGGAGAAGGAACAAAAGCUGCUGCAGCUCUACGAUCAGCAGCAGCAGCGCGCGCACCAGAUCGCCCUCAGGGGUAGCACCCGCUCCAAUGACCCGGACAUCUCCAACUACGAGAGCUUCAUCAGCAAUAGCGGCAAAGCGCGGCAGAUAUUCGAUGAGAAGCGCCAGACGAAGGGCAUCGACAAAAGCUACCCUCUUGAGCCUCUGGACAAACGGGCGCAUAAGCCAGCGACCGAUGCCAGAACGAUCAUCGGCACCAGGCGGACGAGCCGUAAUGAGCAACAACGCGACAAUCUGUCCGGGCGCGGGAUCUACAGGGAGAGCGUCUUACGCGACUCGUGUGGCGCUAGCCGGACCGAGGACAGCGUAGAUCGGGGCAACGAUAACGAGAUAAACAUAAAGGAGGUGAUUGACAGCGAGUCGGCACAGCGCAAUCGGAUCCCGUCCAGGUUUGGACCGCUCGAUCUCGAGAGGCGCAGCCAACUGGAUCGACUCCCGGGGGACGCGUCGCCGGAAAAGAUGCCCGUGAGAAGGACCUCCCAGGUGGAGAGGCUCAAGAAUGCGAGCUCGAGAAAGGGGACGAAGAAGCCAGCGAUCCCCACGGGAGCGAAUCUCGGGCAAUCAACGUACAUGAAAACGACGAAAAGUGCCAGUCUUAAAAUGAAAAAGCUAUCACGAAAUAUGAAAAGUGUAGAAGAUAGAAAGAGUCGUCUUCAUACUUCGAAUAAAGGUAUGAAAAAGUUAAAAAAACAGAGCCAUCAGUCAAUAAGUUUGAACGACUUAAAAUCGACACCAUUGGUUUGCCAAGUAAUUCGUAACAAGAAAAUUUCACGACCAAAUGAUAGCAAUAAUCUAGGAAAAGUAAAAACAAUCAUUACAAAAAUAGAAAAUAUAACAACGAGCAAUGUAAGCAAAAAUAAUUUAUCGAAAAUUGCAAACAAUGCUGAAUUGCCGAAAGCAAUUGCAGCAAUUUCAGUCGAGCCGAAAAAUGAAAAUAAAACAGAUAAAUUUAUCUUAUCGUUAUCUACGAAGCGUUAUUCAAUCAUCGAUCCCGACGACUGCAAAAUAAGCGCACUAAAAGCAGUAAUAGCAUCCCCGAGUAAAAAUUUUGACGGACACGCAUUAAACAAUGAGGUAAUGAAUGAGAAAGACGGCAGAAAAACGUUGUCGAUUGACCGUCCAAAGGGGCCAUCAAUAGAAUAUCCGACGGAUCACCAGAAAUUCACGAUCGCUGACGAGACGAUCAAGCUCGGCCAAAGGGAGGUUGACCGCCGUCGAGGAUCAUCCGACAGCUGCAUUAAUCGCCCUCGACGGCUCUCCUUUGAGCUCAAGCGCAUGAUAUUCGAAGGACCCGCGGGCCGGGAGCCAUUAAUCCCGAGGCGGGACUCCGUCGAGUCGGCGCUUCAGCAUUUCGAUUCGAUUAGUACGACAGAGAGCUCGCGCGACCAUCCGAUCGAGGCGACGAGCGUCGCCAAGCCAGAGGGUCUUCAACUUGACGCUAAGGACUCACUCGACAAGGACAGCCAAUUGAAGGGAUCCGCGGGGCACACGAGGUCUUCGCUUAUGAAAGACUGUAAUGAAAGGGUUUCAAAAAGGUUUCAGAAGUACUCGAGAAAAGCUUCAAAAGCAGCGGCCACGGAUACCAAGGUAGCUUUGGCAAGAAAAAACGUUCCAGCCGCAAUGAGACGGAAAACAAGCGUAAAAUUACUAGAGGCGCGCGAUUCCAUCGACUCGCCGCAAAGAGCAUUGAAAACGAAAUCGCCGAUUUUCAGGAUGGAAAUCGCUUACGAUUCGGAGGUAAAGACGCCGGAAGUCGACGAUGAUGAGGGAUCUGUGGCCAAGCAUUUUAGCUCCGAUUCCAUCACGAAAAGGGCAGAUACAAGCGGCAAAAUCGCGGAGUCGAGAGCGAACCGCGAGAAGGAACCGAUUCCAUAUCCAUCAUUGAGGAGCCCCGAGAACACAUACGAGCAACGAUCCCGUCCGCCCGUAAAGUCGAUCAGCUUGAAGUUCCUGAAUCAGAUUGUAGCCGGGGAAGCGUCGACCGCCGGGGAUUGCGAAUUGGGAUUCCGCGAGACCAGCGCCCCGUCCAUCGACGCCUUAUACGUGCAGCCGAAAGACGAGAAAGGAGCGGCGUCGACACCACAAGCGGCGAAGCAGCCAACGAAACCGUUAGCAACCAACGCGAGUAUGGGAUCGAGUAGAGGCCAAAUUCCAACCAACGCCUGCAACCUCAACCUCAAGGCCAAGUCUAACCUCACCAUCCCGACGCCCGUCCAGAAAUCGAACACCCUCAAAAACAUUACCAACACCGAUGGAUUCUAUGAUCAAAUUGCUUUCAGCGACUCGUUGGUCAGGUGCAAUGUUUGCAAUCGACGCUUCUCCAUGGAACGCAUAAACUUCCACCAGGAUAUCUGUUCAAAAACCGUGCAGAAGAAGCGAAAGCAGUUCGAUACGGUGAAGCAGCGCGUGAAGGGGACAGAGUUCGAAUCGUUCCUGAAAAAGCCGUUGGGCAAAAAGCAGGUACUCGUACUCAUUGAAAGCGGGAUCGAGCCUCUCUCCGCCUACUUAUCUAUUAAGUCGGUCUCGCGCGUUGAGCCCGAACCGCAUAUCGUGAAAUCCAACUGGCGGCGAAAGCACGAGGAUUUCAUAAACGCCAUACGCUCGGCAAAACAGAUGCAGGUCCACCUGGCGAGCGGUGGCAAGCUUAGUGACCUUGCGAUCUCGCCCCCGAGCGACAACAGUGACUACGUCAAGUGCCCGCACUGCUCGAGACGCUUCAGCCAGACGGUGGCCAGCCGCCACAUACCCAAGUGCAACAGUAUGCAGAGUAACAAACCCGGCCUGCGCAACACCUUCAAGGCCAAACAUUAAGACCUUCGCGGCCUCACUCGUACCGAUCCCUUGUCGACCCAUCUCACCCCCCC